UUCUAAUCAUCAUGAUUCAGUGAUUCACUCACCCUUUACUUAAAUUUUGUCAAUUUUCUACUACAAAGUAGUACUUCAUAAAUUUUUUCUGGGGUUUUUUUGUUUUGGGUUUUUAAGAAUUUUGAAUUUGGGUUCUAAUUUUGAGGAUGAACAACACUCAAUUUCGAGUUCUUUUUAAUGGAAUUUCAACUGUUGUAUUUCUAAUUUUCAUGUAUAAUUCAAACAUUGCUAAAAAAUGGAAUUUGGGUAGUGGGGUUUAUGAUGGUGCAAUUAUUGCAGAAAUUCAUGGGGUUUCAUCAAAUGUUAGUAAAAUUACUUUAUCUGAUUACCAAACUUGUUCCCAGAUUUUUAAUCAUAAGGGUUAUGAAAACAGCUGUGAUUAUGUUUUUGCUCACCCAGAAUGUAAUUCAGGUGGUUAUUUCAAUUACAUCAAAUUUAUUUACUGUGAUUGUAAUAAUUACACCAUUUUUGGGUACUUAAUUCUUGCUUCUUGGCUUGCUGUACUAUUCUAUAUGUUGGGAAAUACUGCUGCAAGUUAUUUUUGUUGUUCAGUAGAAAAACUUUCAGAACUUCUGAAAAUGUCUCCUACUGUUGCUGGUGUUACCUUGCUUCCUUUUGGUAAUGGGGCAAAUGAUGUUUUUUCUAGCAUUGCUGCCUUCAUGGGCCAGGGUUCCGGUGACAAUGUCGGAAUUAAUAGUGUGUUGGGUGGUGCUAUGAUUAUUUCUUGUGUUGUUGCAGGGGUUGUUUCAUUUUGUGUUGCAGAUAAGAGGGUGCAAAUUGAUAAAACAUGUUUUAUAAGGGACUUAUGUUUUUUUCUUUUUGGUAUAAGUUGCCUUACAUUGAUUUUGAUUAUUGGUGAACUUCGUAUUUGGGGUGCUCUAGCAUAUGUGUCAAUAUAUGUGGUUUAUGGCAUUUAUGUUGCUGUAACUGAGAUUAUUAACAAGAAGGGUAGGGGUUCGAAAUUGGGCCAAUUGACUCCGUUGCUUCCUGUAGUAGGGAGAUUCUUCUCGUCGUGUAAUGAUGAAGGGGAGAGCGAUCAAUCUGAAAUGCCCUCGAAAUUGCCACAUUGGAUAUGGAAUAUUAAUGUUGCAAUCUAUUCAGAUUCUAAAAAGUCUGCUGUAGAAGAUAGCUCUAGGCCUUUGUGGGGUUGGAAUGAUGAUGGGGAGACAAAUGUGGAAUCAUCAUAUUCGAUUUCUAAAUUAUGUUCAAUUUUGGAGAUUCCCUUAAGUAUUCCUAGACGUUUAACAAUUCCUAUAGUAGAGGAGGAAAGAUGGUCUAAGGUGUAUGCUAUUGCCAGCGCGUUUUUAGCCCCAAUUCUUCUAGCUGUUCUGUGGAAUACACAGGAAGGGCAUGUUUCUUUGAGUGGUAAAAUUGCUUAUAUAAUUGGUUUUUCUGCUGGUUUCAUCUUUGGUGUACUAGCCUUUUUAUACACAAGCCCUGAUCACCCACCUCGUAGCUUCUUGUUCCCUUGGGUUUUAGGUGGAUUCGUCAUGAGCAUAACAUGGUUUUACAUUAUAGCAAACGAGCUUGUUGCUCUGCUUGUUUCGUUGGGUGCUAUAUUUGGUGUCAACCCAUCAAUACUCGCCUUGACCAUAUUGGCUUGGGGGAAUUCAAUGGGUGAUCUAAUGUCAAACACUGCUUUCGCAAUGAAUGACAGAAAUGGUGUGCAGAUCGCGAUGUCAGGGAGCUAUGCAGGUCCUAUGUUUAAUACACUAAUUGGUUUAGGAGUUUCAUUGGUGCUUGCAACAUGGUACAAGGGUCCAGAACCUUAUGUAAUUGAACAAGAAAGUGGUUUGUUCAUAACAGUUGGAUUCCUUGCAACAGGUCUUAUAUGGUCUCUAAUCGUUUUGCCUCGAAAUGAUAUGCGGCCUAAUAAGAUUUUAGGUGCUGGCCUCAUAGCCAUUUACUGUGUAUUUCUGUCUCUUCAAGUCAGCAUGGCCUUGGUUUCACGCUCUCAUUCAAUCUGAGAGUAAAACUCGCUCUAACCACUUGAGCUACCUCUUGUACUUCUGUGUUGCCGUUACAUAUAAUUAGAUAGUCUUAGCUAUAAUGUUUAUCGCCACUUGUACAGUUACAAUACUCACUAUGUAUUUUUUUGGACUUGGCUCUUCAGUUUCUGAUACCAAGCCAUUUAAAUAAAAGGGAUAAGUUGAUUGGUUGUGAA